UCUCAGGCCGGGUCUGCCGGCGUUUAGGUGCUGCGCUGUCCUGAGGCCUGGGCCAUGCCUGUGCGCGGGGACAGCCCCUGAAGCUCGCCUGGAGGAAGAAGCAUGCAGGGCACCCUCGGAGGAGGCUUGGGCCCCGGGCCGUCCGCUGUGGACAGGCGGGCGCUCCUGGUCUGCUGCUUUAUCCUGGCAUCGGCUUUGGGCCAAAUGAAUUUCACAGGAGACCAGGUUCUCCGAAUCCUGGCUAAGAAUGAGGAGCAGCUUUCUCUCCUCAGGGAUCUGGAGAGCCUGAAGCCCCAGAAGGUGGACUUCUGGCGCGGCCCAGCCCGGCCCAGCCUCCCUGUGGACAUGAGAGUUCCUUUCGCUGAACUGAAAGACGUCAAAACUUACCUGGAGUCUCACGGCCUUGUUUACAGCAUCAUGAUAAAGGACAUCCAGGUGCUGCUGGACGAGGAGAGAGAGACCAUGGCGAAGUCCCGCCGGCUGGAGCGCAGCGCCGGCAGCUUCAGUUACUCCUCUUACCACACCCUGGAGGAGAUCUAUAACUGGAUCGACAGCUUUGUAAUGGAGAAUGCAGAUAUUGUCUCAAAAAUCUGGAUUGGCGACAGCUUUGAAAAUCGGUCCAUGCUUAUCCUGAAGUUCAGCACUGGAGGCUCUCAGCGCCGGGCCAUCUGGAUUGACUCUGGAAUUCACUCCCGGGAGUGGAUCACCCACGCCACAGGCAUCUGGACCGCCAAGCAGAUUGUCAAUGAAUAUGGCAAAGACGGCACCCUGACGAACAUACUGAAUGACAUGGACAUCUUCCUGGAGAUCGUCUCCAACCCCGAUGGGUUUGCUUUUACCCACAGCAUGAACCGCUUGUGGCGGAAGAACAAGUCCAGCAGACCCGGGAUCUCCUGCAUCGGUGUGGAUCUUAACAGGAACUGGAGGUCAGGCUUUGGAGGAAACGGUUCGAAUGACAACCCAUGCUCAGAGACUUAUCGUGGGCCCUACCCUCACUCCGAGCCAGAGGUGGCUGCCACUGCGGACUUCAUCACAGCCCAUGGGAACGUCAAGGCUCUGAUCUCCAUCCACAGCUACUCUCAGAUGCUCAUGUACCCGUACGGCCACUCGCUGGAGCCCGUUGCAGACCAGGAGGAGUUGCACAGUCUGGCCAAGAGAGCGGUGCAGGCCCUGUACAAGGUCCACGGGAUCAAGUACAUUUAUGGCAGCAUCAGCACCACCCUCUACGUGGCCAGUGGGAUCACCCUGGACUGGGCCUACGACAGCGGCAUCAAGUACUCCUUCAGCUUCGAGCUCCGGGACACCGGGCACUACGGCUUCCUGCUGCCGGCCUCCCAGAUCAUCCCCACAGCCCAGGAGACGUGGAUGGCCAUCCGGACCAUCAUGGAGCACACCCUGAAUCACCCCUACUAGCAGCACGGCCGCGUGCAGAGCAGGAGCGCUCAUCCUCUUCCGCAAGGCCUGGGCCUCCUCCUGAACCCAGAGUCAGAUGCCCCCUCCUUCCUCAAACCCCUGUCCUGACUCCUUAGAAAAUAAAAGCAAGUUUGAACAGGCUUGGUGGCCCCUGGCACUGGCGGCCACCCCCUUGAGCUCAGCCUUGAGGAGGGGACAGAGGCAGUUCCCAAUGCCCCUUCUCUCCCCGGGUAUUCAGGAGGAUGAGGGGCCGCCGGGCCUCACCCUUGCAGUGUUCUCAGGGCCUGGAGCAGACAACGCGCCCCCGGGAACCAUUAACAUACACAUACACCGAUCCUUGGUGGUGCUCCCAUCUUGAAGAUGACUCUGGUGGGGACACUGUUUGAUCUAGGAGUGGAACUCCCGUAGUGGCAUCUCCAGCGCCUCGAGGGACAGGUGGGCAGAGAGGGGCAGCCUCCUUCCCUUCUUGCUUCACUUCCCACGGCGCAUUUCCGAGGCCCCAGUCAGCAGGACCCCCCCCCCCCCCGCCCUGGAAGUGAAAGUGAACAAGUCACCCGUUGGGACCUGCUCCUCCUGGGCACCCUCACAGGCUCCCCUAGUCUGGGAGCACAGAGUCACAGGCAGGCAGAGCCAGCUCAGCGAAGCAGCACACAGU